AUGGAUCGCCUGGUGCCUCUGCUGCUCGGGGUCGCUCUCGUGACCCCCGGCCUGGCCGAGGUCAUUUCGAGACGCACCUGUGGGGAAGUUGUGGGUGACUUCUACCAGUUCUCCGCCAAGACCCUUAACGGUUCGAACCUCAUCGACUUCGAGGAGUACCGAGGGAAGGUGUUGCUGGUUGCCAACGUGGCGACCUACUGAGGGCUCACCAUUCCCUCGUACACCCAAAUGAAUGCACUUGCUGAAUACUACGAGGGCCAAGAUUUCGUCAUUCUUGGCUUCCCUUGCAACCAGUUCGGUCUGCAAGAGCCCGGAGCCACGGCCGAUGAGCUCCUAAAUGGCGUCCGUUACGUCCGUCCGGGUGGCGGCUUCGAGCCUCAGAUGACCAUCUUCCAGAAGACGCAGGUCAACGGGGACAGCGAGGACCCAAUCUACACGUUCUUGAAGAGCGGCUGUGAAUACACAGACACGGACUUCUCUUCGGGUCUGUACUACGAGCCUCUUCGGGUCGGAGAUCUCCACUGGAACUUCGAAAAAUUCCUCAUUAACAGGGAAGGAAAACCCGUCUACAGGUACCACCCGUCCGUCGUCGACCCGGAGGACCUGAAGGCGGACAUCAACGCCCUCCUUAAUGCUUAGAAAGGACCUGUAAACUUGGCCUAUAAGGGAAAGCCCUUGUCUCCUGAUCCAGAAGCCACGCCUACGAGUGCCCUUACGUAUGACCGCAUCGCCGUAAACCUUCGGGAGGGCGGUGUGUGAGGGGGGCGAGGGGCGGGCGGCUCUUGUGCAUUCUGCUCGCCCGUCUCUCUGUCCCAAGGGUGCUGUGGGCGUGGCUGUGGGCGUGGAGGCGGGGCUGAACAUCUACCUCCGUGCCGAUCAACAAAACUGAUUUUGAUCAAUAAAUUAUUAUUACAUGA